CAUGCAUACUGCUUUUCCUCGUUCUUAUUUUAAACGGGCUUAUGCAAUUUUUUUGGUCUCCAGCGUUACAUGCAGGUAUAAAAUAAUUUACCUGUAUCGUUAAUGCUUCGGCCUUUUUUAUUAAUGAUCCACUAAAAUGCCACUCACCUGCAUUCAAACCCUGUAUUCUAUAGCGACUAUCUUAUAGCGUUGAGCCUGUUAAAGCCUUAGACUUGAACAUUUCUAGUGGAGACAUGGCGAGAGAACGGUUCCUAAUACGCGGGCAACAAGAGCUAGAAUAAGCACUAGAAACCGGUCCAUGCUUGGGAAUUGACGGGAAUGAGUCCCGCUGGAUAGGGGCUUCUGGGGGAACGAUUUUGGAUCAUAGAGCUUCUCACAAUACUUUGCUAAGUUUGGCAUAAGAGUCCUCGUUGUAUGUAAAGAGUCUGUGGGUAACAAGGGACCCAUGGGGGCCAUUGGGAGUUUUUCCUUUCUACGAAACCCCUUGUCACUAUCAAGGAUCUCAUACUCUAUCUACGAUUCCACUCCCCCUUAUUCGAUCUUGACCAUUGGACUCUUUUAUAUACCUGUAAACCCACUGAAUAACUUUGUCUUGCAUGGAGUAGACGACACGCAAUUCUUCACAACAAAUCAACGAUGGCGGACAUAUCCAGUCUUCCACCAGACCAGCAACAGGUGGCUCUCAAUUCGCCAGCCUUAGCAGCCCCAGAGGGCGUUACUCCUAACUUCGACAACCCUUCGAAUAACAACAAUCUGGCCUACGGAGUCAUCGCCGCCUGUGUCGCCGUCUCGAGCCUUUGCAUGAUAAUUCGGUUCUACGCGAGAAUUUUCCUAUUCAAGAAAUUGAAGCCUGAAGAUUAUAUGAUUUUGCUUGCCUUUGUUUUCUUCGUAUUAUGGACAGUUUUUGGGCUCCGACUGACAGAACAUCCUGGAUACUUUGUUCAUCAGUAUGAAAUCCGCGUUAAGGAUACCAUUGACUACUCAUUUGAUGUCCACUAUGCUGCUAUUGCCUAUGCGAUUACAAUUCCGUUCGUCAAGAUAGCGAUUUUGAUCGAGUGGACGCGGGUACUUGUUCCUGUCGGUACGCGAAAUGCGUUUAUGUGGUCCUGUUAUGCGCUCAUUGGAUUAAAUGUCAUGCUUUUGAUCGCCAUCCCUAUCGCAUUAUCUCUCAUUUGCUUCCCGUACGAGAAGAUUUGGGAUUUGACGCUCCCAGGAACUUGCAGCAAUCAGUUUCUCAUCGGUCUUGCGUCGGCUUCAAUCAAUCUUUUCAUCGACGUUAUCAUGUUGAUUCUUCCUCAGCGGGUUAUCUGGACCUUGCAGUUAUCGCUCAAGAAGAAGCUUGGUGUUUCUUUCUUCUUUUCCCUUGGUAUCCUGGCUUGCAUUUCGGCUAUUUUCCGAGUAUCGACGCAGGUGGCUAUUGUAUCCGAGGCGGACGCCAUAUUCCAAUUCGCGCCCGUGAUGUUCUGGGCUUUUGCUGAACUCACAUGCGGUUUCAUCAUCGCAUGUAUGCCUUCUACUCCAAAGAUUUUAAAGGACCAUGGUGUUCUCGACAAAAUGCGCCGGGCGAUGAGAUCAUUCGUAGGGUUAAAAAACACGCACUUGCGGAGUAUGACCAAACCCACCGCGUCGUCGACCGUAGACCACACCCACACCCACACAAAUACGUACAGGAAGAUCGACGAGUAUGGUGUACCGAUGAAAGAUCUCCAGCCAUCAGAGUCAACAGAACAGCUCAGAGACGAUAAGUUCGAUCAGGGCAUCCUACGCACCACUCGCGUAACUGUGAAGCAGGAGUAUGUGGGUGAUGCGAAAGGUAACACCAUGGAUCACGGUGCCCUCUGGCAUGGGGACAGAGUAUAAUAUUCGUGCUGGCCAUGGUGGGGUACGAUUCAUCGGAAAAAGGUUAGCAGGUGCCUUAUGUUGAAUUUCUUGUAUAUCAGCGUGUUCGGUUAUGAAAAAGCGAAAAUUAAUGCAUAUUAGAAUACGGUUCGUCAAAACUGGCUGAGGGUCAUCCCUUUGUAUGUUAGUAAUUAACAAGAUAGGCCGCGAGGAGUGACCUAGGUCUAGGCUUUCAUUGGAAAGUCUACUGUUAAAUAGCAACAUUUCACCGGACAAUUAAGUCCUAAUUAGAUGUAAAUAAAUAAGUUGUACCUUAC